UAACUUCCGGGGCGGAGCUGUUCAUUCCACUUCCGCGGCGGGGAAUGUGGGCCUCCUGUAAUGUGAAGUUUCGGGAUUGCCUGGCCAUCAGUUCCGUCAUUCUGAGACGGUGUCUGAGUUUGGGCGUGACCAUGGCAAAGAGCAAGUUCGAAUACGUGCGGGACUUCGAGGCCGACGACACCUGCCUGGCCCACUGCUGGGUAGUAGUGCGACUGGAUGGCAGGAAUUUCCACCGGUUCUCUGAGAAGCACAACUUUGAAAAACCUAAUGACAGCCGUGCCCUCCACCUGAUGACUAAAUGUGCCCAGACUGUAAUGAAAGAACUAGAGGAUAUUGUGAUUUCAUACGGACAGAGUGAUGAGUACAGCUUUGUGUUCAAGCGGAAGAGUAACUGGUUUAAAAGAAGAGCCAGUAAGUUCAUGACUCAUGUGGCCUCCCAGUUCGCCUCCAGCUAUGUGUUUUAUUGGCGGGAUUACUUUGAGGACCAGCCUCUUCUGUAUCCCCCGGGCUUUGAUGGAAGAGUUGUGGUGUAUCCUACCAACCAGACCUUAAAGGACUACCUCAGCUGGCGGCAAGCAGAUUGUCACAUCAAUAAUCUUUAUAAUACAGUUUUCUGGGCACUUAUACAACAGUCUGGACUAACACCAGUGCAAGCCCAAAAGAGAUUACAGGGAACUCUUGCAGCAGACAAGAAUGAGAUUUUAUUUUCUGAAUUCAACAUCAACUACAAUAAUGAGCCCCUGAUGUACAGGAAAGGGACUGUGCUGAUCUGGCAGAAGGUGGAUGAAGUCAUGACGAAAGAAGCUAAGGUGCCAGCAGAAACGGGAGGACAAAAGAUGGCAGUGACCCGAACCAGGACCAAGCCAGUGCCCUUUCACUGCGAUAUUAUUGGGGAUGCUUUCUGGAAGGAACAUCCAGAGAUCCUUGAUGAAGACAGCUAACCCUGUGCUUUUCAAUCCUGCUGUGCCUAAUCCUGCAAGCCCCCAAGUCUCCUUGCCUCAGGUGGCCCUAGCAUCCCUGCCACCCAGGAGAGAGUGCUGGGAGGGACAUGAUUCACUUUGGGGAGGGGAACAGGAAGAAAUGGAUGGAUGGGGGCAGCGCAUCUUAUUCUGCUCUAAGCAGAACGCCUUUUGUGCACUGUUGGAACGUGCUUCCUUCAGUAGAAGUGCAUUUUUAAAAAACUGUGCUACUAUUUUUAUAAAGCAUGAACUAUUUUAUGCUUCACAGAAUGAAUCAUUUUUAGGUUGUACCAUAAGUCUUAAAAACCUGUCAACUCUUUUCAUCUGUGAUAAAAAAUGAGCCAAAACUUUACUCUCGCCCACUCUGUUCUUAACUAGAGAAUUGAGUGGCCUUGAAAAUCUCACCUUUCUCACCCAUCCGCUUGUACACAUCUUCGGCAGACCUGGAGAUAAACAUGGGCUGAUGCUUGCAGGAUGCCCCUGAGUUCAGGAAUUCCAGAGAAAAUACACACAGAGCAACUCUCCACGUUGGUGACUUUGGCCAAACAAAUGAGUGUGGUUUGGAUGCUGUUCUGUACAUGUCCAGUGGUUUGAUUUUGUGGGGCUGUGUUGUCAGCACGAUGGUGAUCAUCAUCAUCAUGAUGUUGCCAGGGGCGUUGUUUCCAAGGCCAGGUCUUUGUAGGAAGAAAGAGAACCACGUGUAUAUGUGAGAGAAAGAAAACAUGUAUGAGAAUGAAUGAACGAGGAAGGAGGAACAUUCCCUGAGUUUUAAGAGAACUGGUUAUACCGCUCUCUUCUACUAUGUUUUUUCAGUUUUAAAAUCUGCUUCAGUGGGUUGGACUUCCCAUUGGGAAUGCUGGACUUACUGAAUAAUAUUUUCAAGUACCCUCUGUAUAAUCAGAAAAAUAACAUUUGACUUCAAGAGCAGAGGGGUCCACACUCCCCUUGGAGUCACAGGUGGUCAUAAUGGUUCUUCCUGCUGUUGGGCCAGUGGAGAUGGGUGCAGAGCAGCAGAGAGCAGCAGCAGUGAUUGCCUUGCAGCCAGGCUGUUGGCCUCUGAAGAGAGGAAGCAGUGGGAAUAGGUGGUGAGAGAACUCUCAUUUCCUCUCAUCCUCAUUUCAGAGGAAGAAAAUCAUUUGCCUCUAUUAAGGAUUAAUUAAGAGACAACCCAAGUCCCAGUGCCUGGUCUCACAUUGAGAAUUGAGAGCCAAGAAGAAAAUGCAUUUUUGAAAGGGUAACGGCUGGCCUCAUCUCUCACUAACUGACGCCCCAUCUGUCAGUGACAUUUUCCCUUCCCAUCCUCCCCACUCCACAGGAAUAGGAGAUAUGGCUCAUGUCUGGUAAUUGCUAAACCCUCUUUAAGAAAAAAAAAUAAAGGUUUCAGCUCCCUUGGCCUGAUUUUUCUUUGCCUCAUACAGAUGCAGUGUGUGACUGACUGUUAACUUUUGUGUAUGUUUCUUUGCUUAAACCAGGAUAUAUCCCUUCAUCAGAGCAGUGGUUCAUUAACUUCUGGAUGCAAAGAAAUUACUUAGAGUACUUGUUUAAAUGCUGAUUCCGGACACUACCAUUGAAGAUUCGGGGUUCAGCAAUGAGUCAGAAUUGACUCGACAGCAACAGGUUUGGUUUGGGUUUGGUUAAUCUGAUUUUUAACCCCAGAGGCCUAUGGUCAUUGAUACACCACGCUUAGGGCAGCUGGUCCCUCAGUAUCCUAUGAUAGGCCACGUGAGGCAAUAAGAUAGGGAAGCUGUUAAGUAAAUUUAAUGGAAUAGUAAGUAAUUUGUACCAAAUUAAAACAGGUAUAGGUAAAUAAGUAGGCAUUAAAGUACAAAUUUCAAAACAGAUCCACCCAAAGAAAUUUUGUGCUUUCCAUGGGUGCUGUGUGAUAUUACCAAUACUCAAUUUUGCCAUAAGACAUGAGAGUGAGUGCUUAUUUGUUGAAUUGCUGGCAGUUCUGCAGCUUGGAGGUCUUUGUUCAGGCAGGAGGCUUUGAACUACGAAGGACUAUCCUGGGUUUAAUAAACCUGCCAUAACCAAACUUAACUAUUUAGCGAUAUUACUUGGAAGCGCUGUUACUUAAAAGCCAUUGCUGGGUGGUUUUUGUCUUUGGUGGAGGUUGUAUUCAGUCCAGUGUAUAUUUCACCCAAACUAAGCCAGUUGCCAUGAGCCAACUCUGACUCAUGGCAACCCCACAACUAUUGUGACCUUUCAAAAGCAGAUCACCAGGCCUUCUGAGGCAACUCUCGCUGGGUUCAAACUGCCAACCUUUAUCAGACACUUAUGUAUUUCACAGUUGAUUAAUUUUCAACUUGACCUCUCAGGUAGAGAAUAGUAUUUUAUUGGGCUUUUUUUCCAAAUCUUAAACCCCAAACCAAACCCAUUGCCAUUGAGUCGAUUCCGAUUCAUAGCAACCCCGUAGGACAGAGUAGAGCUGUCCCAUAGGGGUUCCAAGGCUGUAAUCUUUACAGAAGCAGACUGCCACAUCUUUCUCCCACAGAGCAGCUGGUAUGUUCAAACUGCUGACCUUUAGCAGCCAGGCGCUUAACCACCACACCAGCAGGACCCCUCCAGAUGUUAAAGGAAACCUUUAAAAUACAGGAACAACCAGUAUACCCUUAAUACUAGUUGAUAGCAGUGGGGGGAGUUAUGAAUGUGGUUUGUGUGGCCCAUCCAAAAAAACCCAAACCUGUUGCCAACAAGUCGAUUCCAACUCAUAGUGACCCUACAGGACAGAGUAGAUCUGCCCAAUAGGGUUUCCAAGGAGAUGCUGGUGGAUUCAAACUGCCAACCUUUUGGUUAGCAUCUGAGCUCUUAACCAUCAUGUGGCCCACAGGCAACUGGAAAUGUCUCAGCUCUGCUGGGUGAGGUAAUAGCUAGGCCUUCAGUGCACAGUAGCCUAUCAUUUUAAUAUAGAAAAAGAAUGCUUUGCUGAACCGGAGCUAUAAAGUAACAAGUGGUACGACCAGGUCUUGUGAGUCUUCCAUCAUUCUGCCCUCCAGGACUUGGAUCCUCAUUUCCUCCAGUUUUUUAGCAAUGCUUAUUAGGAAAUGAGUGAUAAUGAAUUUUCUUUAGUACCAAAGUCUCUCCCAUCUUGGUGCAAAUUUCAUUUUGCAACGGAAAUGAGAAAAGGAGGACUAGAUCCACCCAUCCUUCAUAGUUCCCUUGUACACUUAACCAAUAUUAGCUGACAUUCACAGAGCGUUUAUUGUGUGCUCUGUAUGCAGUAUCUUAAUCCUUAGGGCAAUGUUAAAAGUUAAGGACUGUUUCUAUAGUACUUAAGCUUCAGAUGAGAAGGGGCCAGAGAGGCUAAAUAAUUUGCUCCCAAAUUGCCCACUGGAACCAGAUCAUACUCAGCGUGAAAACAGAAUGGGACACUUAUGGCCCUCUUCCCUCAGCUUCCAGCCAGCUCUAACCAGAGAUAAGUGUGCAGUUCUGGAGCGCGUCAGGAUCACCUAGGGAGCGUGUUAAAACGCCCACUACGGCUUCACUCACAAAGAAUCUGGAGUAUUAAUAAGUACUCUAAGA